UCCAGCCAAUCGGAUUGUUAUACGCCAUCGCAGCUAUCCUGCGUAUUGUCCAAUCAGUGCCACUGCUACUUGCGGGCCUGAAUCCCUCUUCAACCUUCUGCUUUCCGGAGGGGCACCUUCAACCAGCUCCGCGGUUCACUGGCAGCGGCUUUUUCAGUUGUAUAGAGAAAAAUAGGAAAUUAAUACGUCAGAACAGACACUAUGUCCUUCCUAAGCGUCAGCAGGCUAGCGCCUAAACUUCUCAAUUCAAAGAAUGCCACCCAUCUUCUUUUGGCAGCCAGAAAUGUCAGCGCAGCAACAACAACAAAUCUGAAGGAUGUUCUGGCAGAUCUCAUCCCCAAAGAACAGACCAGGAUCAAGAGCUUUAAACAACAGUAUGGAAAAACCAACAUAGGACAGAUUACUGUUGAUAUGGUCUAUGGAGGUAUGAGAGGCAUGAAGGGUCUGGUAUACGAGACCUCUGUUUUGGAUCCUGAGGAGGGUAUCCGUUUCAGGGGCUACAGCAUCCCAGAAUGUCAAAAGUUGCUGCCAAAAGCACCGGGAGGUGAGGAGCCGCUGCCUGAGGGUCUGUUCUGGCUGUUGGUCACAGGGCAGGUGCCCAAUGAGGAGCAGGUGAAGUGGGUUUCCAAAGAAUGGGCGAAAAGGGCCGCCCUUCCCUCUCACGUCGUCACCAUGUUGGACAACUUUCCCACGAACCUUCACCCCAUGUCUCAGUUCAGUGCCGCUAUCACAGCUCUGAACAGUGAGAGCAACUUUGCACGGGCUUAUUCUGAGGGUGUCCAUAAGACCAAGUACUGGGAGUUCAUCUACGAAGACUCCAUGGACUUGAUUGCUAAGCUGCCGUGCAUUGCCGCCAAAAUCUAUCGCAACCUGUACCGUGAGGGCAGCAGCAUCGGUGCCAUUGACUCCAACCUGGACUGGUCCCACAACUUCACUAACAUGCUGGGCUACAGUGACGCCCAGUUCACUGAGCUGAUGAGACUCUACCUCACCAUUCACAGCGAUCAUGAAGGUGGUAACGUCAGUGCACACACAAGCCACCUGGUGGGGAGUGCCCUGUCUGAUCCCUACCUGUCCUUCAGUGCUGCCAUGAAUGGACUUGCUGGUCCUCUGCAUGGACUCGCCAACCAGGAAGUGCUGGUGUGGCUGACUGCACUGCAGAAGGAGAUGGGAGGAGAGGUGUCUGAUGAGAUGAUGAGGGAUUACAUCUGGAACACACUCAAAUCUGGAAGGGUGGUGCCAGGUUACGGUCACGCCGUCCUCAGAAAGACCGACCCACGCUACACCUGCCAGCGUGAAUUUGCCCUGAAACAUCUGCCCAACGACCCCAUGUUCAAGUUGGUGGCUCAGCUUUACAAGAUUGUGCCCAAUGUGCUCCUGGAGCAGGGUAAGGCCAAGAACCCCUGGCCCAAUGUGGACGCUCACAGUGGAGUCCUACUGCAGUAUUAUGGAAUGACUGAGAUGAAUUACUACACCGUGCUUUUCGGUGUUUCCCGGGCCCUGGGCGUGCUCGCUCAGCUGGUGUGGAGCCGAGCUCUGGGCUUCCCCUUGGAGCGCCCCAAGUCCAUGAGCACAGAUGGACUGAUCAACCUGGUGGGAGCUAAGUCGGGUUGAGCCACUGUCUGAAAGGAGCUGGGGGUUUGUGUGAUGGGUGGGUGGAGGUGGAGAUAACAAAAGGCAGACACAUGUUGACCCCCGUCAUUGUCAAGCCCAGGGUUUCAGUGGGUUUUCAAAGAGAGAGUCCACUUUUAAUUUUAUUUCACACAAGAAGGGCCGUUCCAAACCACCACUACAUUAGUGUGUAAGUGUAGUCGACCACUAAGUCCCCCCCCCCCAACAUGUUUGAAACAUGUGAAUUCAAGGACACACAUGUAGUAGCCUCAAAGUAUGUACUAUUCUAAGUUAGCUAGCAUCGCAAAGAUUCUCUGCUUUGCUUUGCCCGCGUAUGUCAUUAAGCACUAGGUGUGAACUAUUAAUAGACAGCACUAGGUGUGAACUAUUAAUAGACACUGGCAGUCAAAGGGAAUUGUGGGAGUGAUUUACACUUUGUUUGGAUUUCUUAGGAGAUCCGAAGUAAAAAAAAAAAAAGAAACAAACAAAAAAACCUGAUGCUACCUUUUGUUAAAUGAUUUCUUGCAAAGUCCUUUCUCUGCGAAUCAAGACUUUCAGCUUCGUUUGUCUCCUAUGCAACGUUCCCAUCCUGUUGGAUCAAUCCUCACCUUUCACUCCCAUGUCCAAACACUCCAGUCGUAGAACAAAGGGUCCUCGCAAAAAAAAA